AUUCUUCUCUCCUGUCCAUCUCCACCAUCCUUCCUUCUUCCGGAAGGGAGGGAGGGAGGGCGGGAGGCGCUUGACCGGGAGUGACCCCGCCGCUCUCCCCGCAGCGCCCACAAGGGGGCCCCGGCGCUGCCUCCUUGGAUGACGAGAGUGUUUGGGCUGAGGCGCAGAGGCCUCUGGGAGUCGUAGUCCAGCGCCUGCCGCAGCGAGGGAAGGGGCGUGCGUUGUGGAGCGAGACGGAACUACAGCUCCCAGCAGCAGGCCUGGCUUCUUCCAUUGCCGCUGCGGCCGGGAGGCAGAGGCGGCCUUGAGGAAGGAGAGCAGCAGGCAGGCAGAGAGAGAGCCCCUGAUGGCUUCCAAAAGCGGCCUCUCUCUCCUGGGCGGCAAACGGACCACCCACAUGGGUCUGCAGGAGACCCCCAGCAUCAGCCCCAUGGAGGUGCUUGGCUACCAGCGGAAGGCCUGGAGGGUGGCCUUGUGCCACGCGGCCUCCGUGCUCUCCGUGGGGCUCCCGCUGCUGCUCUUCCACUGGAGGCCCCGCCUGGAGGUCCAGGCCAAGGGCAUCCGCUGCCCCCUGCGCCAGGCCCACUGGGUGGUCAUCCGGGAUCAGUUUGGGCAAGACUUCACCGCCCGCGUUCAGGAGGAGGAGGUGGAGAGAGGCAGCCUGGAGCCCAGCGGAGGGGACCAGGACGGGCGGAGCAGCGUUGCUGUUGGGGUCGGAGGCGAGGACGAGGAGGGUCGGGACACGGUCAGGCUCCAGCCGAAGGAGGAGGAGGAGGAGGAGGAAGAGACCACCGUCAUCCGCUACUACGUCUUCGAAGGGCUGCGCUACAUCUGGAUGGAGAAGCGACAGGCCUUCUGCAAAGCCAGCGUUUUGGACGAGGGCUGGGCUUGUUCCGACCUUCACGACAGGCAUCUAGGGCUGAGCGCCAAGGAACAGGCCGCCAGGAGGAAGCUCUACGGACCCAACCUCAUCGAUGUCCCGGUGAAGCCUUACCUGAGGCUCCUGAGGGAUGAGAUCCUGAACCCCUUCUACAUCUUCCAGAUCUUCAGCAUCACCUUGUGGCUCUGCGAGGAGUACUACUCCUACGCCGGCUGCAUCUUCGUCAUCUCCGCCCUCUCCAUCGGAGUCUCGCUUUACCAGACCAGGAAGCAAAGCGUCACCCUGAGGAACAUGGCCAGGCUCUCCGUCAGCGUCAGGAUACGCAGAGGCCCCAAAGAGGAAGUGACGGUGGGCUCCUCGGACCUGGUGCCCGGGGACUGCCUGGUGGUCCCUCCGGACGGGAUGCUGUUCCCCUGCGAUGCCGUCUUGCUGACCGGGGAGUGCAUGGUCAACGAGAGCAUGCUGACCGGCGAGAGCGUCCCCGCCAUGAAGACCCCCUUGCCCAGGGGGGGCCCGGCCUCCGCCGCCUACUCCCCUGAGGAGCACAAGCGCCACACGCUCUUCUGCGGGACACACGUGCUCCAGGCCCGCUCCUACACGGGGCCACACGUCCUGGCCGUGGUCACGAGGACAGGCUUCUGCACAGCCAAAGGCGACCUCAUCAGCUCCAUCCUCUUCCCGAAGCCGGUCUACUUCAAGUUCUAUAAAGACGCAGCAAAGUUUGUGGGUUUCUUGGCAGUUUUGGCCGCUCUGGGAACAAGUUACAGCAUUUUCAUCUUAAUUCGGAACAAGGUCCCGGUGAGGCAGAUCGUGACGCACGCGCUGGACGUGGUGACGGUGGUGGUGCCCCCGGCCCUCCCGGCGGCCAUGACGGUGGGCACCAUCUACGCCCAGAGCCGCCUCCAGCGCCGCGGCGUCUUCUGCGUCAGCCCCCCGCGCAUCAACCUCUCCGGGAAGGUGCGCCUGGUCUGCUUUGACAAGACGGGGACUCUGACGGAGGACGGGCUGGACGUCUGGGGCGCGGUCCCGGUGGAGGAGGCCUCCUUCCUGCCGCUGGAGCCGGACCUGCGCCGCCUGCCCCCGGGGCCCCUGCUCCGCUGCCUGGCCUCCUGCCACGCCCUCGCCCUGCUCGGGGGUCAGCCCCUCGGGGACCCCGUUGACCUUCGCAUGCUGGAGUCCACCGCGUGGACCCAGGAAGAGGCGGAAGGGCCAGAGGCGGAGGCCCGUGUGUCCCUCCUUUUCCGCACCAAAGCCCUGGCGGUGAUGAGACCCCCGAAAGCGCCGGAGGAGACGCUUGGCAAGGAGCGCCGCUCGUCCCCGCUGGCCCUGCUGCGCCGCUUCCCCUUCUUGUCCGCGCUGCAGAGGAUGAGCGUCCUGGCCAAGCCCCCGGCCGAAGAGGGCCCCACGGAGGCCUACAUGAAAGGGGCCCCGGAGACCGUGGCCAGCCUCUGCCUCCCGGAGUCAGUCCCGGCCGAUUUCUCCCAGACGCUGCACCUUUUUGCCAGCGACGGCUUCCGCGUUCUGGGCCUGGCGUACAAGCCCAUGGUGGCCAUCCAGACCUUCGAGGAGGCCCAGGAGGUGGCCAGGGAGUCCGUGGAGAGCGGCAUGACCUUCCUGGGGCUCCUGGUGAUGAAGAACGUCCUCAAGCCGGAGACGCCGCCCGUCAUCCACUUGCUGCGCAGCGCCGAGAUCCGGACCGUCAUGGUCACUGGGGACAACAUGCUGACGGCGGUGAACGUGGCCAAGAGCAGCCGGAUGGUGGAGCCCCGGGAGAAGGUGGUCUUUGUCAGCGCCGUAGCCCCCAGCCGUGGGAAGCCAGCCGCCCUGCGCUUCCUGCCCUCCGAGCAGCCCUUCCAGGGCUCCUACCAGAACGAGGACGGCGGCACCCGUUUCCCGGAGGAGCCCCGCUGCCACCUGGCCCUCAACGGGAAAUCCUUCGCCGUGGCCUGCGAACACUUCCCGGACCUCCUGCCAAAGAUCCUGAUCCAAGCCACCAUUUUUGCCCGCAUGCUUCCUGACCAGAAAACACUCCUGGUGCAGAGCUUCCAGGCCCUGAACUACUGCGUGGCCAUGUGUGGGGACGGGGCCAACGACUGUGGGGCCCUGAAGGCGGCCGACGUGGGCAUCUCCCUCUCGGACGCAGAGGCCUCCGUGGCCUCGCCCUUCACCUCCCGGACCCCCAACAUCGAGUGCGUCCCCAUCGUCAUCCGGGAAGGUCGGUGCUCCCUGGUCACCUCCUUCGGGGUCUUCAAGUACAUGGCCCUCUACAGCCUGGUCCAGUUCGUCUCGGUGCUUCUGCUCUACACGAUCGACACCAACCUGGGCGACCUGCAGUUCCUCUUCUUCGACCUGAUCAUCACCACCACGGUGGCCGCCCUGAUGGGCCGCACGGCCCCCGCCCCGGACCUGGGCCCCCGCCGGCCGCAAGGGGCCCUCCUCAGCACCGUGGUCCUGGGCAGCCUCUCCCUCCAGACCGCCCUCCUCGUCGCCAUCCAGGUCACCGGGUACUUCAUGACGGCCGCCCAGCCCUGGUUCGUCCCCUUGAACAGCACCGUCCCGGCCCCCCAGAACCUGCCCAACUACGAGAACACGGUCAUCUUCUGCAUCUCGGGGAAAUGAUCACACAAAUACAUAUAGACAUGUCUAGAUAGAUAUGAAUAUAUAUAUAUAUAUAUAUAUAGGGCUUGCAAAUAUUGAAGGGGGAAAUGAACACACAAAUACAUAUAGACAUGCCUAGAUAGAUAUGAAUAUAUAUAUAGGGCUUGCAAAUAUUGAAGGGGGGAAAUGAACACAUAAAUACAUAUAGGCAUGCCUAGAUAGAUAUGAAUAUAUAUAUAUAGGGCUUGCAAACAUUGAAGGGGGGAAAUGAACACACAAAUACAUAUAGACAUGUCUAGAUAGAUAUGAAUAUGUAUAUAUAUAUAGGGCUUGCAAAUAUUGAAGGGGGGAAAUGAACACACAAAUACAUAUAGACAUGCCUAGAUAGAUAUGAAUAUAUAUAUAUAUAUAUAUAUAUAUAUAUAUAUAUACGGCUUGCAAAUAUUGAAGAGGGGAAAUGAACACACAAAUACAUAUAGACAUGUCUAGAUAGAUAUGAAUAUAUAUAUAUAUAUAGGGCUUGCAAAUAUUGAAGAGGGGAAAUGAACACACAAAUACAUAUAGACAUGCCUAGAUAGAUAUGAAUAUAUAUAUAGGGCUUGCAAAUAUUGAAGGGGGAAAUGAACACACAAAUACAUAUAGACAUGCCUAGAUAGAUAUGAAUAUAUAUAUAUAGGGCUUGCAAAUAUUGAAGGGGGGAAAUGAA